AUGCUUGACGAUACCAGAUGCGAUUACGUUGUCCUAGUCAGCGCCGCGGACGAGGGCUCCCCCCUGCUGCCCCAGCUGCCGGGCUCCGCGCGCUACCUCUACCACUCACAGCCCUGCUACGACUGGGGCCUGGUGGGAUGGGCGCUGUCCCCCGAGGGCGGCCGCGUGGAUUGGACGCGCCACUCGCGGUUUGUGUUUGUGUCCAGCGGCGUGCGGGGGCCGUUCCUGCCGCCGUACCUGCAGCCCUACCUGCAUUGGGCAGACCCACUCCUCAGCGACGACGUGAAGCUGGCCGCAGCCACCCUCAGCUGCCAGGCCGCGCAGCGCCCUCGAGCCAACGGCAGCAGCCCCUGGCGCAAGAACCCGCGCGCAGCGCUGGGGGCGGUGGCGACCGACCAAGUGGGGCUGAAGCUGCUGCUCGAGGAGGGGCGGGUCAUGGGCUGCCACACCACCGCGGCUGCCAAUGCCUACUGGUCAGACUCUGGCGCGGUGGCGGCCGUGCUCAAGGCCGGCUUCACAGUGGACUCCCUGCUGGGCAGCUUCCAAGGCGUGGACUGGCGCGACGACCGCAACUGGCACUGCAACGGCGGCAUCGACCCCGCCGGCCCCGAGGACGUCCCCUACGACGGCACAUGGCUGGACCCCCUGGAGUCAAUGUUUGUGCGCGUCAAGUCAAACCUGCUGCUGCACCGCCUGCCGAGCGCGGUCAAGGCGGCCAAGCUGUCGGCGUGGGAGGCCGGGGCCACGGUGGACCGGCUGAGGGCGGCGGCGCGUGAACCGGUGGACCCGCGGCCGCGCAUCCUGGGGAACGAAUACAAGAACGGCUCUGCGCGCUUCAAGCUGUCCCGCGUGCUGACCGCCCUGGUGCGUGGCAUGAAGUGCUUUGACGUUGACUUUUUUGUGGCGCGCAACGCGGACGUGCGGUCCCAGAGCCAGCACCCUCACGUCGUGUGGCGGUUCUUUGUGUAUGUUGGUCAGUUCGAGGAUCGCGCGUACAGGUGA